GCGGAGGUGGAGGCGGGGGCAGCCGGGCAGGGCGCCGCCGCCGCCGGCUUGGCGGCGCGCCGUCAGAGCCGGCCGGCGGCGGGGGGAUGUCGCAGGGCCCGCCGGGCGCCGGGCGCCUCAGCGACCUGCCCGACCACUCGCCGGCGGUGCGCGGCGCCGUCGCCGAGCUGCGGCGGCGGGCGGAGGCAGAGCCCGGCCAGCGCUGGCCGCAGCCCCUCUCCGACUUCUUCCUAGUGAGGUUCCUGCGCGCCCGAGACUUUCACCUGGACCUGGCCUGGAGGUUAUUGAAGAAUUACCAGAAGUGGAGAAUUGAAUGCCCAGAAAUAAGUGCAGAUUUACAACCAUCUUCUGUUCUUGGUCUUUUGCAUGCUGGCUAUCACGGAGUCCUGAGAUCAAGGGAUCCACAUGGAAGCAAAGUUCUGAUAUACAGAAUUGGACAGUGGGAUCCCAAGUUAUUUACGGCAUACGAUGUGUUUCGUGUAAGUCUUAUCACUUCUGAACUCAUUGUAAAGGAGAUUGAGACUCAGCGGAAUGGAGUCAAGGCUAUUUUUGAUCUCCAAGGGUGGCGAUUUGCUCAUGCAUUUCAAAUCAGUCCAGCAGUGGCCAAGAAAAUUGCUGCUGUGCUCACAGAUUCCUUUCCACUAAAAGUUCGAGGUAUCCACUUGAUUAAUGAGCCUUUAUUCUUCCACCCGGUCUUUGCUCUAAUUAAGCCUUUUCUCCCUGAAAAAAUAAAACAACGGGUCUAUAUGCACGGAUAUAACUACAUGCAGAGUCUGACCGAACACUUCCCAGUCAGCAUUCUCCCACAGGAAUAUGGUGGGGAGGAAGUCUCCAUUGAAGAGCUGGCCAAGGAAUGGACUGACUUUAUAAUGGCAUCUGCAGAUUAUCUUCAGAGCAUUUCUCUGGUUGCCCAGGAAUAACCUUACUAGAGUAGCGUAUCAAUUCUCAAACACUGGAAGUAGAAAUAAGUUUAAUCCGAAAUCUUUCAUGUAAACUUGAAAUUAUUGUAAAUCAAACUAGUGUGUCUUCACAGGGCACUGAAUAUUUUAUUGACUGCACUUUUAUACUAACUGGAGUCUAUCAGUAUGCACGUCUGAAGAGAUUAAUGAAUUCUACAUGUUUGCAAUACUGUUUGUAAUUGAUUAACUUCUAUGCCAAAAAGCUGAAUAAGUGCAUCAGAUGUCAGGAUCGAUACUGCCCCUGUUAAGUCUUUGGAGACAACUCAUCCAUAAUAACACAGUCCAGAACCUUAUGCUUAGCUGUUGUAUUUUGUCUUGUCCAGAUGAUAGGACACAAAACAGAACGUGAAUGGGGUAGACUAGUUAGUUGCGCAAGGAUAACUACAGGGCUGAUUUGAAAAGAGGCUGCUUUUGGGAUCGAUUCUCAGGGAAAAUGGCUGUUUUGUUAGUUUGUGUCAAAUUGAAAAUUAGUCAGGAAUAGUGAGACAUUUGUGUUAAUCUUUGUGCUGCUUGUGCAGCUUCCUUUAUUGUGCUAAUUAACACAGUAACUGUCCAAUUUUGUAGAGAAAGAUAGGGAAAACAUCAUGUACCUAUUCUUCAAAGGAGUCUCAGUCAGGAGGAGGAGCUGAUAAGAGGCUCAAAAUAACCUUGAAAAUUCUGAUUUUCUUUAUUAGAAGAGAUACUGUCUAUGGACAAGCUAUAAACUACUCAGACUAUGAUCAUAUUUUAUUCCUGCUGUAGAGCACUACAGAUGUCAAGAGCUCUUAGUUGUUUGCAGUAUGUAUUUGUUUUGGAGGGUGAAGUAGAUUAUCCUUUGUGGAUGAGAACUUUAGAAGUAUUUGUUGUGUGGUUUAAGGGUGCUUGUAGGUCACUUUGGACCUUGGUGUAGGAGAUGCUGGGUACCUUAAUUUUAUUUCCAGAAUAGUAAUUGGCAACUCGCCAGUCUAUAUCUUGUGUUGUGCACUGGAAGAAAUUAUUUUAAUUUGCAUUGAGCCGCCUUCUUAAUUUCUGUAGGGGUAAAAAAAAUCUGUCUAUACUUACUGAAAACAGAUUUUUUUUUUUUUAAUGGACAUGAUUCAGAUAUGAACACUGCAUGUGUGAAAGCUGUCACUCACCUUACAUAGCAGUACUAUCCUGCAAUCCCCAGUAUUCAAUAAGCUAAAACAUUAUUUUACUUUUCACUGUUUUUUGUUAAAAGCUCUGUUAGUACAUCAACUGCUAGAGCUCAUUUACCCAGUUUUUAACUCUGUUUUGUAAUAAGUCGGGGGGUCUUUGCAUAAGCAUUAUAUAUCUAAACAUUCCAUAUGAAUCUUUGUAUAACUGAAUCCCUAACAAAUACUGUGUUUCUCAGGUAGCCAGAAAUGCUAACUUCAGUUACUUUGGAAUCUUUAGGACAUUGGGACGUUAUAUUAACAUAUGCUUAGGGGAGAGAAAUGAAACUAUCCUAUUAAAUUGGAAAUGUCUUAUUUUAGAUUAUCAUUAAUGCUGCAUUAUUGCAAAAGCAAUUGGAAGCUGUUCUUCAUUAGUAAGAGGAACAUCUAUAAAGGCUCAUAGAGUAUUUGGUUGUAGUUUCUUCUGCUGUGGUAACGUCAAUGCCAGAUACAAAAUUCGUUCAAACCUGACUAGGACUUAAAAAAAUUUUUUUCCAAUUCCAUAAUUUCCUCAAGUGUAUUUUUCAUUCUUCUCUUUCAGGAUAUCUUUGAUAUGGAGCCUAAAUUUAAAGAAACAUUUUUCAGAUGCAUUUUCAUAUAUAUUUCAUAUACCUUCCUUUUUCUCAGAUUCAACUAUUUUGUGAUACAAAAGCUCUGUAAAUAGAGGAGUUCACUGAAGUGCUAAUUCUUCUUUAUAAGAGAAUAAGCUAAGUAGUCGGGCAUCUGGCAAUUCUUCAAGUGUGUAACUCAAGUUCCAUAUCAUUUACGAACUGGAGAAGUGAAGCUAUUGUCUUAAUUUUACGCUCUUUCAGUUUUAAUCCUUGAAUGUAAACUGCAUAAAGAAAUGAACUGUCUAUAUGAAACCAAUCUCUAAUCACUGCUGUUUUAUGUAGCAGAGACUUAAUUUGAUUGCAUAUGUAUAUGCACAUGGACAAAACUUAGCUGGUUUUUUUUUAAACUUCAUUUGGACCACACCAGCUCUAUGAAUAUAAAGUCCUAAAUGUCUUUAAAAAUAUCCUGCAUCUAUUAUUAAAUGGUAAUGUGUGUGCAUAACACAACAGUUAGAGCACUGAUUGCAGUUAUUUUUUCAUGAACUGUUAAUUAUUUUUUAACAUUUACAUGUUAUAUAGAAGGUAGGAACUCUAUGCAAGGGAUAGUUGCAGUUGCUACUAAUAAUGAGACAAGAUAAUUAGGAUAUUUGCAUGACGUCAAUGGAAGAGGUAUUGGUACAACGGGUGGUGGUAUGGCAGCUUUAAGCUGCAGAGUCAACAAAAGAGAAGUAAAAAUCUCUAAGUGCAUUAUUUAAGAAUACCAGGAGUGCCUGUAAAAAAAGCAAGUUCCUGUUAAAUGGUGCAAAUAAAAUUUUACUACUGACUUAUAGUCAAUGUAAAGCACAAUGUAAUGCACAAUGUUUUUAAAUUUUUUACGUAUCAGCAUCAUUAAAUUAAUAAAACUUUUCCUAGUCGAA